GAUUUCCCAAGUCCGAUACAAAGCGCAGACUUGGAGCAACUUGAGUGGAAGUGAGCAAGUAAGAGGAACAAACGAGGUUCAUGGAAAGUCACAAUACUCUCAGCAGCUGCAUUUCUUGCAUUGUUUCUUUAAAAACCAUAUACAUUUCUCUUCACUUGGCCAUCAAAAUGAGGGGACUCAAAAACCUGCUCCCUCUCCUUUUCCUGUUUGCUUGUUUUUGGUCAGAAGUUUUCAUUGCUCUAGACACCAUAACUAUCAACCAGCCAAUGAGAGAUCCUGCAACUAUAGUUUCCGCAAGCCAAAACUUUAAAUUAGCGUUCUUCAGUCCUGUAAAUACUAGCGACCGCUAUGUUGGAAUCAUUCUCAAUAUUCCAGCACAGAGUGUUGUGUGGGUGGCUAACAGAGACGACCCCAUUACGGAUUCUGCAGGAAUGUUGACAAUUUCAGAAGAUGGUAAUGCUGUGAUCUUGAAUGGGCAGAAGAACGUACUAUGGUCGUCUAACGUAGCAAAUUCUGCGGCAAAUUCUAGUGCACAACUUUUGGAUACUGGGAACUUGGUCUUGAGGGACAACUCAAAUGGAAGAAUUUUGUGGGAAAGUUUUCAGACUCCUACGGAUACUCUUGUGAGGACAAUGAAAAUAGGCGUGAUAAGCAAAAAUAACAUGAUCCGGCUGACCUCAUGGCGAAGUCCCUCUGAUCCCUCAGUUGGAAACUUCUCUUUUGGCGUUGACCCUCUUCGAAUCCCAGAGUUUUUCAUCUGGAAUCAUAGUAAACCUUACUGGCGGAGUGGCCCAUGGAAUGGAAACGUGUUUAUUGGAAUUCCUGAAAUGAGUUCUGCAUACCAGAAUCGAUUUGAUCUGGUGACAAACCCUAAUGGAUCUGAAUAUUUUACACACUCCUUCAUCAAUGAUCUUGCUUUGUUAUACUAUGUAUUGAAUUCUUCAGGGGUUCUAGUUGAGAAGGUUUCGUAUUAUGGAGAUGGACACUCCAAGGUUACGUGGACAAGUCUAGAGAGUGAAUGUGAUGUUUAUGGCAAAUGUGGCCCUUUCGGAAGUUGCAAUCCUCAGCAUUCGCCAAUUUGUACAUGUCUGCAAGGUUUUGAACCAAAAAACAAGGAGGAAUGGGACAAGGGAAACUGGACUGGUGGCUGCUCCAGAAAGGCAUUGCUGCUGUGCGACAGAAACAUCUCUGCUGGUCAAGUGGGCAAACCAGACGGAUUUUUGAAGCUUGCAAACAUAAAAAUUCCAGAUUUUGCUCAUUUAAUGGAGCUCCUCAGGUCAGCUACAGAGCAAGACUGUGGUAAUCAGUGCUUGAACAAUUGCUCCUGCAUAGCAUAUGCCUAUAGUACAGGGAUUGGAUGUAUGUACUGGAGCAGCAGCCUAAUUGACAUACAACAGUUCUCUUUUAAUGGGGCAGACCUUCACAUAAGGGUGGCCCAUACGGAACUCGGUUUCCGGAAGAACAUGAAAGCCAUCAUUGCAGGCACAGUAGUUUUGGGACUUUUAUUCUUGGCCAUAUCGGCAUUCUGUUUAAGGAAGUGGUUGACAAGGCACAGAGGGAAUAAGCAAAAUGCUGAAUUGCCAUUAUUUGAAGAGUGGGAAGCGUCUAAAAAGGAAAGCAUUCUGAGUGACAAGCCAGAACAACCAAAGCUCGAAGAGCUGCCGUUGUACAGUUAUGAGACACUGGCUAUUGCAACAGAUACAUUUCAUCUGAAGAAUAAGCUAGGCACAGGUGGCUUUGGUCCAGUGUUCAAGGGGAUACUUUUAAGCGGCCAGAAAAUUGCGGUGAAAAGGCUUUCAAAUUCUUCGAAUCAAGGGAUCAAAGAGUUUAUGAAUGAGGUUGAGCUCAUUUCCAAGUUGCAACACCGUAAUCUUGUUAGACUCCUGGGGUGCUGUGUCGAAAGAGAAGAAAAAAUGUUAAUAUAUGAAUACAUGCCAAACAAAAGCUUGGAUGCCUAUCUAUUUGAUUUACAAAAACGAGAUUUACUUUAUUGGAACAGACGCAAAUUAAUCAUUGAAGGGAUUGGCAGAGGCCUCCUUUACCUUCACAGAGACUCAAGAUUGAAAAUUAUUCAUAGGGAUCUGAAACCAAGCAACAUCCUCCUAGACGAAGAGCUCAAUCCAAAAAUAUCAGAUUUUGGCUUAGCAAGAAUUUUUGGAGGCAACCAGGAUCAAGCCAACACAAAUAGAGUUGUAGGGACAUAUGGCUACAUGGCCCCUGAAUAUGCGAUGAAGGGUAAGUUUUCGGAGAAAUCAGAUGCAUACAGCUUCGGGGUAUUGUUAUUAGAGAUUGUAAGUGGAAAGAAAAAUACUAGCUCCCAUGAUGACGAGAAUGAUCUGAGUCUGAUAGGAUAUGCCUGGAAACUAUGGAAUGAAAACGAAGCCGUAAAAUUAGUAGAUCCAGCAUUAUCUGAUCCACGGGUUGAAAUGGAGAUCUUGAGAUAUGUGCACGUGGGACUACUAUGUGUGCAGGAAUCUGCCAAUGAUAGGCCAAAUGUGUCUAAUGUUCUUUCAAUGCUGAACAGUGAAAUUGCAGAGCUGCCUCCUCCUAAAUUACCAGCUUAUACUGCAAGAUUGGGUUCAACGGAAAGUGAAGGUUCGCAACAAAGUGGACAUUCUGUUAAUGAUGUCAGUUUAACAAUUAUUCAAGGCAGAUAGAAGUUGUAAACAAUUGAGCAGUAUUAUAUCUAAGGUUGCUACAAGUAAGUAAUCCUAUUAGCAUGCAUCACUUCCAAAAUUUUUCUGUAACAUCUGUUGGUAAUUAUGCAAGUCUGGAAUGCUUUAGAAGAACUAUGGUGGCCAAUCUUUUAGCACGUUUUCCUUUGUGAAAGUACUUGAUAACUUUUUUCAAUGGCUUCAAGAUAUUUAUCAUAUCAGUUGCAGCACAGGCUCAAAAUGGGGGCUUUCAAACGAGGGAUGCAUUUGCUUAUUUGUUACAAUAGCUGCCGCUAAUGACUAAUCUAGUGAGUCAGGAAUUUCCUAGAAAUAUCAACGAGACACAAGUAAGAGGAAGAAGAAAUGGAGUGCAAAGUUUCUGCAGUUUCUUGAAUCACAGACACAAUUUUCUCUCAUUGGGUCCCCGAAAUGACAGCACUGACAAAUUCAUUGCCCAGUAUUUCUCCUUUUGUGCUUGCUUUGUAUAGAAGACGGCGGAGCCUUAGACACCAUUACCAUGAUGGAGCCCAUUCAGGAUGACAGGACCCCAGCCAUAUUUGAUUAGCACAAGUCCCAAAUUCAGGAAAAUUCAAUGGAAUCAAAUUGGAUCAGAAGUCUACAGCUGUGGAGUGUAAUUAUCAGAUUUCCAACUGAGAAGCAAAGCAAAAGUUUCUGCAGUGAAAAGGAUCAGCUGAGCUUUGCUUGAACAGCAGGAACAAAUAAUUUGUGGGGGGUUUAUUGGAUAGCUGGCAAAAACCUUUCAAUCUAAGCAGAUCAAAUCGGAGUAUGGGCUCAGAGACGUUUCUUGAAGUGUUAUUGGCAAUAUUGUUACCCCCUGUUGGAGUCUUCCUCCGUUAUGGGUGUGGGGUGGAAUUCUGGAUUGAUUUGUUGCUGACUAUACUGGGAUACAUACCGGGAAUCGUAUAUGCAAUCUAUGUAUUAGUGGGAUAGCAGGAGUUGGAUUUGUCUUUUGUAGAUCUAUUUCAUGCUUCUUAGAAUAAACUGCUAAUCUCUUGUGGUUCCUUUUCCCAGUUGGCACUUAUAUCAUAUGUGUAUGUUUACAAUGAC